AUGAGUAUAUGUAAUAAAAAAAUUAUAGAAGAGAAUGAAAUGAAUAAAAAUAAAAAUAAAGAUUACAUUUUUAACAAUAUGGAAAAAGUACCAAGAGAAACAGACGUAUUGAUAGUGGGUGCUAGCACCGGUGGGUUAUUUUUAUCAUUAGAUUUGAUGAGAAAAAAUAUAAAAAAUAUAAUUAUAAAUUCACAUGAAUGUAGUUCAGUAAAUGAUAAAAUUAAUGAACAAUACUUACUUUAUCCUCGUACGUUAGAAAUAUUACAAGAUUUAAAUUUACUUACAGAAAUAGCAUCUAAAAGUUUAAAAUUGAAUGGAAUAAGUUUUUAUAUAGAAAAUAAAUUAAUAAAUAAGACAAGCAAAACAUUCUUUCAAAAUUUUAAUAGCACUCUACCAUAUAUGUUAAGUAUAAGUAAAUUUACAUUAAAUAAUAUAUUAAGAAAAAAUUUAGAAUAUUUUGGUGAAAUUGUAGAAGAUUCUACCAUAUUAUGGAAUAUUAAUGAUAAACUUGAAGGUAAUAAAAAUAAAGAAAAUUAUAAAAAUAAAAACUUAAUAAUACAUAACAAUUCUAUUUUAUCACAAGAUCUCCUGAAUUCUUCAUCAAUUAGCAACAAUUCAAAUAAUAUUUACGAAAAUAAAAAUACAAGAACUGUAAAGAAACUUUAUACUUUACCUUCUCUCUUGAAAAAUAGAACAGAUAUAAAUAGCAAUGUAGACGAAAAAAUUAAUCAUAAUUUAAAAGAAAAUAAUAAAAGUAAAAAUCUAAUAUACAAUAACAAAAAAAAAGAAUAUAUAAAUUACUCAUAUAGUGAAAGUAAUGAUAAUAGUAUUAGCUCAAGUUCAUUAACAUCAAAUAAUAGUGAUACAAUUUCUAGUUUAUCUAGUGAAACGACAUCUAGUUCCAUUUCUGCUGAAUAUAAUAAUGACUAUAAAAAUAGCAAAUGUGGAAAUGAUAGCAAUGAUACUAAUAAAAUUUCUAUUAAAAAUAAUUCAAGUGAUAAAAUUGAACAAACAAAUAAUCAAUUGCACUUAUUAAACAUCCUAUUAGAUAAAAAUAAAUACGUUAAUAAAAAUGGGAGAAUGAAUAUCUAUUGUGAUAAUGUUGAAAAUUCAACAACUUUAUAUAACAAAAAUGAAAGUCUUAAGAAAAACAAGGACAAAAAUUACAAUUAUACAGUUGUUCAAGUAAAAGAACAAAAUUCUCCAAGUAAUGAAAAAGGAUGCAGUCAAUUUGCUUCAAUAAAAAGUAAAUUUAUUGUAGGAACUGAUGGAAGGAAAUCAAUAGUAAGAAAGUUUGCAGAUGUAAAAAUGGACGAAAAAGAUAAUCGAUACUUAGAAUAUAUUUCUGUUGAUAUUUGUGCCAAAUGGGGUAGUGAAAUGAAUCAUUACAAUUUGUCGUUAAUUGCAUCUCAGCAUGGUUUCAUUACAUGCUUUCCAAUAUUUUUUGAAAUACAAAAUAUUAAUGAAAAUAAUUUUUACUGCAAAGAUGAAAAUUUUAUAAAUGUCAUAAAAAAAAUAAAAACGGAAUACAAUUUAGGAAUAAAAGAAAGUAAUUUAAAUGAUUUAAAUAAAAGUAAUUUAAAAAAUGUAUUUUCUAAUUAUUAUAGUUUAUCUAAUUCAGAAGGAUAUUCUUCAAAUAUUUCUUCAGCAGACAAAGUGAAAUAUGAAAAAAAAGGACAAAAUACUUCUUGCAAUAAAAAUAUGAACAUAAUUAAUAAUAAUAAUAAUAACAAAAGUUUUCCUCAUAAUGUAAGAAAUGAAAGUAUUUUUUUGAAAACAGAAAACUUCCCUAAAAAAUCUAGUAAAGUUAGUAAUAGCUAUAAUAAUACAUCAGUAAAUAUACAAACAUCAAUCAUAAAUGAAGAACAAAAAAACAACAAUUUUAAGAAAAUUUUAGAUUAUUUUAAUAAUAAAGAUAGGAAAAAUACCAAAUUUAUUAAUAAGUAUGUCGAGGAAAAAAAUAUAGAACAAUUAGAAAAUUCAAGAUAUAAUACAUUUAACAAAAAUAACCCAAAGUAUUCAAGUAAUAUUUCCAGUUAUAAAAAAAUUGUAUUAGAUUUAAAUUCUUGUAGUAUUGAAAACACUAAUAAAAUUGUUCCUUUUGAUAAAAUCAAUUCAUUAUUAGAACAAAAAAAAGAUAGUAAAACUCUAAAUGGAUCAUUAAAAAUAGAACAACAUAUUAAUGCAAAUCAAAAUAAUGCAAAAAUGAAAAAUAGCAAAAAUGAAUUGGAAACAAUAAAAGAUAAAGAGUAUGAAAGUAAUAUGAAAACAAUACCGCUAUUAAGUACGUCUGACAAAUUUAAUGUUGAUGAUUUUUUUAAUAAUAGUAGUGAAAACAAUUUAAAUAAUAAUUCUAUUAAUCAUGAACAAAUAUUCUAUAAUAAAGGCAACAAUAAAAGUAGUAAUAAUGACUAUUGUAAAAAUAUAAAUAAUUUUAAUAAUAGUGGAUGUAAUGAUAAUAACGAUUCUAAUAACAAUAGUAAUACUAAUAAUAAUACUGAUAUUAAUAACAUUGAAGCUUAUAAUAAUAGUGAUACUAAUAAUAAUAUUGAUAUUAAUAAUAACAGUGAUACAUAUGAUAUUAAUACUGAGAAUAAUAAUAAUAAUAAUAUAAAUAAUGACAUUGAUAAUUCAGAUAAUAAUAAUUAUAAUAUAAAUUCAGAAAUAAAUAAUGAUAAUACAGUUAUUAAAAACAAUCAUAAUAUUAAAAUAAAGAAUAAUGAUAAAAAUUCUAAUACAAGUAAUAAUGAUAACUACGAAAGUAAUUAUAUUAGAAAAUCUUCUACAGAAGUUAGUUUUAUUGAUGCUAUAAGUAACAAUUCUAAAUAUGAAAUGAAAAGUGAUAAAUUUUUUUACACAGGGAAGAGUAAUUAUAAUUGGCAUUUAACAAUAUGUAGAAAUCUGAAGAAAAGUAAAAAUAAAUUCCAUGAUAUAAAUAAAUCAAAUGAAUAUAAAUAUUUAGAAGUAAUAAAAUUAAUUAAAAAAAUAAUUCCGAAUACUGAAUUAUUUUAUUUGUAUAAUUUAAAAAUAGGUAUACAUAAAGAUAAAAUUUGUAAGAACUAUUAUCAUAAUUCAAUAAUUUUAGCUGGUGAAUCUAAUUGCUUCUAUAAUCCUUUAUUUAGUCUAAGUGUAAACUUAACUAUACAUGAUACAUAUAAUAUAGGAUGGAGAUUAAAAUCAUUAAUUGAUUAUAAUUGCUCAUCCCUUUUAUUAGAGUCCUAUGAAAAGGAAAGAAAAUUAAUUUCUGAAAAAAUAUUAUCAUGGAAUAGGGAGAAAUUAAACUUACUUUUAAAUAAUUAUUCUAUUUAUCUAUCUAUUCUAAAUUGCUGUGUUUCUACUUUUGCGAAUAUAUCUACUUUUUAUAACUUUUUUGAAAAAUUUUAUUUAAAAACGUUUAUGCUUCAAGAGAAUUAUUAUACACCUGAUAUAAUAAAUAACGCAACAUUUUUAUGCAAAAAGGGUUUUUUUUGUAGGGAUAGAGCAAAAAAUUGCAUUUUAAAAUAUAUUUAUUCGAAUAAUAACUACGAAGAAAAGACAAUAAGUUUAUAUGAUUAUUUAAGAGAUCAUUUACAUACAUUAAUUUUAUGCAUAAAUAUAUCAGAUACAUCAAGCCAUAAUUAUGUUAAUUCAUUUUCUUUAAAAAAUAAAAAAAAUAUGAAUUAUGAUAAAACAUCGUUAGAUAAAUUAAUAAAAAUAGGAAGGUUAACUUAUAAUACUAUGGUGAAAAAUUUAAAUAAUUCUUCAUUGAAGAUAUUGUGGAUAAUAUGUGAUAAAAAUAAAAAUGAAAUUAAUCAAAACAACAAUAACUUAUUUUCAACAAAAUUAUCCUCUUCAAAAAGUAUUAAUAUAAAUUUUUAUAAAGUUCCUAAUGAACUAUUAAAUGAAAUAAAAAAUUCAAAAAUACAAAAUCAAAUUAUUUUAUAUGAUUUUAUAAAUGAUUUUCAAAAACAGUUCAAUUUAAAAUUGAAUCUCCCUCAUAAUAUAAUUGAAUCAUACAAUUUUAAAUCUGCUAUGUAUAUUUUUAUCCGUCCAGAUUUGCAUAUAACACACAUGAACUAUGUGAAUGAUGAAAAUAAAAUGACAGAUUUUCUUGAUUAUAUAUAUAAGUUUUAUGGUUAA